CAAGUUUCGUUUCCUUAGGACCUAUCUGGCCUGGAAUUCCGCCUGUUAAGUCUAGAGAGUAGUUUGUGUCAAUCUAUUGACAAUUUUGGGGGGAUUAGAGAUUUUUUUUUUCUUAUCUUUGAUUUGCCUAAAAGUCAGAAAUAAAACCCAGUGCGUUGGUCUCUGUAUCUUGUUUGGACUAGAACAUAUUCUCACUGGCUAUCUCCCCUUGAGUGACAGAAAGUUUAUUGGACAAAUAUAAAACAAAAUGGCCGAACAACUGACAGAAGAGACAAUUGCAGAGUUCAAAGAAGCCUUUAGUCUGUUCGACAAAGAUGGCGACGGUACUAUUACGACCAAGGAGUUGGGUACAGUCAUGAGGUCACUAGGUCAGAACCCGACAGAGGCGGAGCUACAGGACAUGAUCAAUGAGGUAGACGCCGAUGGAAACGGAACAAUAGAUUUCCCAGAAUUCCUCACCAUGAUGGCCAGGAAAAUGAAAGACACAGACACCGAGGAGGAGCUCCGCGAAGCAUUCCGCGUGUUUGACAAAGACGGCAACGGGUUCAUCUCAGCGGCGGAGCUGCGGCACGUGAUGACGAACCUUGGAGAGAAACUGACGGACGAAGAGGUGGACGAGAUGAUUAGGGAGGCGGACACUGAUGGAGAUGGUCAAGUCAAUUAUGAUGAAUUUGUAAAAAUGAUGACCACCAAGUAAACAAUGUAAUAAAUGUAUAGAGAACAAAUUAUUUCAUUUUUAAUGCAUAUUUCCAAACCUAUCAAAUGUCACAAGAAUAAUAAUUUACUCAAAUUUUACACUACCAUAAAAGCAACAAUAAUUUUUGGUAUAAUUAGGUAAAAAUGUAGCAUUUGGUAUGGUUAAAAUGUUAAAUGCUUUAAUUCCUAAAAUAGGCAAAUAAUGUAAAAUUGUAUUUCUCCUGAACUGUUAAUUUCACAUAUGUUUAUUUGUGUUUGUAAAUAGUAAAUUAUACAUCUAUGUAUUUUGUCAAUAUGCAAAAUAGUCAUUAAAUUAAAUAAUAAAACCCAAA